CCGCCGAGCGCAAAACAUUAGCGAGGACCCACGAGUUUGUAAGCGCGUCGCGACAAUCGCACUUUCGCAGCGCUCUCGUAAAGAAUAUUGUUGUUCAAGUGUGGCGGCACGAGCCCCUCUCGAUGAGACGAUAAAAGCGUUCGUUGUUCCAUUUCUAAAAGUGUGUUCUAUUUUUCUAUUCCAGUUUUCUUUAUUUCAUUUCAAUAGGAUCGCCGCUGCUGCACCAACUAUCAAAAUGAGUGAUUCAAAUCCAAAUUUGUCUUGGGUAGCGGCCUACUUCCCAAAAUCUGAUGAAUAUGGUGUAUUACCUAUGAACUGGUUAUUUGAAAAAAAAGGUAAUGGAAAUGAAUUGUACUGUCUAUGGCCUCCUGGUAAACACAUUACUAGCGAAGUUGCAAUAAGAGCUGACCCUCCAAAUUCAUCUUGGUUAACAUUUCAAGUAAAAUUAAUUAUCAAUAGACCAUUUGAUGAUUAUGUUCAAGCUUGGCACCAUCUAAUAAUAUUAGCUGAAUCUUCUUUAAUAAAUAUUCCACUGAUUACACCGAAAAAUGUUAAAAAGUACAACUUAUCAAAACCUUGGAAUGUUAAUAUGCUGACUGAUGCAUGUUCUUCAAGUCAGUUAUUAGAGAAUAAUAAUCUGCCUAAUGAUGGGAUGAAAACUGGCCAAGAGACAAUAAUGAUGAACACACCCAAGUCAACUGACAUUCAGAAUGAUGAUUCCACUCAUUUAAAUAACUUGGACAUAAAACAUUUAUUAUAUGGAAUUUUCAAUGGUGGAGUAAAUAUAAAAUUCAUGUUAAGCCAAGUAUUGUCAAAAUUGGAUAAUUUGCAAAAACUUUUUGCCAAAAUGGAGUUACCACCAACCAAAACUCUAGAUGCACAGUUUUUAGAAAAGUUUCCUAUAAACAGUUCAGAUGCAUUAAAACAUAUAGAAGAAUGUAUAAUAAGGGACGAAUUUGACUUUGGAUAUAAACUAGAAAUUUAUAUUAAAACAAUUGGUGGCCGUUCCUUUAAAGAUCAUGUAGGACGUGCUUUGUCAAGAUUUAUCACUGAAGAAUAUGCAACAAAGUGUACAUGGACUGGUAGAGGAAAAGGAAAGAUGACUAAGAUUCGUGAUACAUGUUUGAUUAACAUUUUAAAAAGAGUUUUGCAAGAAUGUUAUGCUCCACAAAUAAAUACAGAUAUUGAGUAUGAAAAAAUUGUAGUUGGGUGGCUUAGAUGUCGUGUUCUAAGAUACAAUAAAUCAAAGUCGCAGAAUAUCAUUACAUAAACCAAUGAUAUCAAAUUCAAGAUUUUAUGUUCAGAAUAUUUGUUGAUAUUUAUACAGCACAGUUUUGAAUUAAUUAAAGUUAACAGAUGUUUACCAAUACAUUUUAUUAUAAACAUACAUCCAGAGUAUUGUCUUACAUAUUAUAAGAGUAUUUGAAUUUUUUUUUUUCCUUUUUGAUUUAAAUAUUGCUAUAUUAUAAUGAACUUUGAAUUAUUAUUAUACCAGUUUUGUUACAAAAAAAAAAAAAAAUAUUUACAAACUGUGUUAUAUUUCAUUAUUAUUUUACUAUUUAGUUAUUACAAGCAUUGUUAUGGAAGUAGGUUUUUAUUUUUUGAUAAUUAUAUUAAUUUAUUAUGUUUUAAUUUAUAGACAAUUCUAAAAGUUUGUUAUUUUAUUUAAGAGUUGAGUUACAACAAUACUUUCUUUUAUAAUAUUCAUGUACCUACCUUGAAUUAUAUUUUAAAUCAAGUUUAUAAUUUUUUUUGUACUU